GUGACGUGGCCCCGCCCUUCUUCUGCAGUCAGCCGUCCGUCGGUGCCACGGGUAAAAAACUCUCUACCUACGGUGUCUCACGGCACGUACGCCGCUGAAAUGGCUGCCGCGGCGACGGAGGAAACCACCGUGCUGACUGCUGAGAAUGCACCGUCUGCAGACACGAACGACUCCGACGGUAAGGAGAAAGACAGCGGCCCCACCGGAGCGGACACGGAGGAGCCGAGCAGCAGCGUAGAACCGAAAAUGGAAGAGGUGGAGGCGGAGGAGGCGGAGGCGGAGGCCGGCGGAGAGGAGCCCGCUGCUGCGACGGAGAAGGCCGCGAGCGAGGCGGUGACCCAGGAGGAGACAGCCGCUCCUGCAGAACCGGAGCUAAAGAUGGAGUUACGGGAAAGCCCGGUGGAAGGAAAGCACGAACAUGCAACCGAUAAUGCAUUGAAGGAGGAACCGGGAGAGGGCAGCCAAAGGUGUGCAGGGAUGAAGAGCAAGACAGUGAGUGAAGACGGGGAGAAACCCGGCGGCGGGGGCGGGGAGCCGGACGACAAGAGGCGGCCGAGCGUGGAGAUGUCAUCCUCGGAUGGUGAACCGCUGAGCCGCAUGGACUCGGAGGACAGUAUCAGCAGUACCCUGAUGGAGAUGGAGAGCACAGUGUCGAGUGGGCGCUCCACCCCUGCCAUGAUGAACGGACAGAGCAGCGUCAGCUCCUCCGGGGCUAAGACAGUGGCGUACCCCUGCUGCUGGGACCUCUGUCCGCAGUGCUUCAACUCCAGUCCUGACCUGGCAGAACACAUCAGAGGCAUCCAUGUGGAUGGACAGAGAGGAGGGGUGUUUGUGUGUCUAUGGAAGGGUUGUAAAGUGUACAACACACCCUCCACCAGUCAGAGUUGGCUCCAGAGACACAUGCUGACCCACAGUGGAGACAAGCCCUUCAAGUGUGUAGUUGGUGGCUGCAACGCCAGCUUUGCUUCCCAAGGAGGGUUAGCUCGCCACGUCCCCAGCCACUUCAGCCAGCAGAGCUCCUCCAAAAUGUCCAGCCAGUCCAAACUCAAGGAGGAGUCGCCCUCCAAGGCCGGACUCAACAAGAGGAAGAAACUCAAGAACAAACGCAGGUGCUCCCUACCGAGGCCCCACGACUUCUUUGAUGCCCAAACCAUGGAUGCUAUUCGUCACAGGGCCAUCUGUCUUAACCUCGCCACUCACAUCGAAAGUGUGGGCAACGGCCACAGUGUGGUCUUCAACAGCACGGUGGUGGCCAAAAGGAAAGAGGGGUCUGGCAAGGUGAAGGUCCUCCUACAUUGGACACCUGAGGACAUACUACCUGACGUGUGGGUGAAUGAAACGGAGCGAUCUCAGCUGAAGUCUAAAGUGGUGCACUUAUCCCAGCUACCGCAGGACGCUGCCAUGCUGCUAGACCCGAACAUCUAUAGAGCACUUCCUCAAAAGCGGCUGAAGCGCAGCCUCUAAGGAGUCAUCUUUGGACUUGAUACUUAAGGGGAAAUGCUUGUGCAUAGGAGGUUUAUCUAUAUGGGAGGGGACGCUCUUCAUCCGUCUCCGCUGAACGGGGGAGUGAAGUGGCGAUAAAAGGAAACAAAACUUCACGAUGCUGCAUAUUUUUUCUCUUCAGUUUUGUAUAUCUGAACUGUUGUAGCCAAACGUGGUGGAGAAUGGGACUAACAUUUUUUUAAAAAGUUUGUUUGCAUCAUGAAUUCAAAUGAAUGUUUUUUUAACAAGCACCAAACUGAAAAUAUUCUUAAUACCCAAUGGUGUUAAAAAAAAUGUUUUGUGUAACCAUGUCAGAAAAUACAACAUAUUUUAUAACUGUUUUUUGUGUAAACUAUUUAUGCAGAUUUGUAACUUAUUUUUUUAUACCAUGAAAAUGCUGUUGUAAUGUUGAUUUUUGUGAAGGUUUUAAACAGAACCGUAUUUACUGUGAUAAUAUAUGUUAACCGUCACUUAUAGGCAUAUUUGGAAAUUCUUAGUUGUAACUAAGCUGUACAUGACAGAAGUCUUAACAUAUUAGCCUAUUUAUACCUCCUGAAUGCAUUACUAUUACCCGUGUAUAUGACAAUGAAGAGUGAGGUUGUGCCAGGCAUAAUCUUAUUCUUACACAGUUUGUAGACAGUCAGCAUACAAAUGACUAACAUUUCAUCAAACACUCUAAGUGUAAAUCACAACAUACCCCCACUUCCUCUUACCCAAGUAACAUAAACUGUGUAUAUCAUAGUUGUUGUGCUACAUUUACGUUACUGCUAUUUAAGCACUCAACAUUAUUGUUAAAAAAAAAGGUGUUUUCUACUGUAUGUGAUGGAAAUGGAAUGCUCUGUAAUAAAAAGAGGGAAACGACAGAUGUUGUUUGUGCAGAUGACGAGGAUGCAAGUUGUUUGAAUGGCAAAACAAAGGAGCAAUGCAUCCAUUGUAGUAUGAAUAUGAG